ACAAAUUUGCCAUCAUUGCUAUCAUGACUUUAUUAGCUGAUCUAUUACUGAUGCAUCUCGGCCGGCCAUGAUCGUUUUUCGUUUUGCUCUUCAAAUAAUGUGGCAUGAAAUACCGUAGUUCUUGGGAUUUUGAGAAUUCCAGAAGAAUGUCAACUGUGUACGCUUUCAUCAUCAAAUGAUCUUAUACAAAGGAUUUGGCGGCAUGGUGCUAAAGUUUUCUGCAGUAGCCCCUCAGGCACAUGUUGCGGAAUGUAUUCUAUACUUGGCAACCUUACAAGUGUCAUGGACACGGUCUUUCAGCCAAGAGGGAGCAGUGGAUGGAGAGACUAAAUUAUGCCUCAUUUAGGCCAAUCAAAAGGCGACAUGGAGCUGACAAGGAACGCUGAUACGAGACGAUGCCAUUGUUGAGCCGAGUCACACAUCACCGAGGAGAGGGGAAAUGGGAAGUUGGAUCUAAGAAUCGUCCUCGGACACAAUAAUUAUUUCGCUGACAGCCAGAAAACUGAUUAUUACGGAGAAAGCAAUCUGUAGGUUGAGGAAAGACGAAAAUGUUUUCAAUUUCUACCCAAUGCUGAGAAAGAUCCUGUUUCAAUCCCGAAAUGGAUUCCGAACUUCACAUGAAGUGACGCAAAAGUGAACACAGCCGCCCCAUGCACCCGGAUUCAACAUGAUAAUAGAGUGUUUUUAUCGAAGUGUCAAAUAGCACACGAUAUGACAAUACCGGGUGAAUAUCCGGUUUGGUUCCAAUUUUGUGAACGACACAGGGUGUCUAGCCAAUGACCUCUCGCUGAAGUAUCCAUUUCGGGGAUUUCAAAGUCUCACCAUGAAAGAAUCAGGCACAUUAGUUACCGACAAUCCAAACUUGAAUGGGCGACUCAGUGCCAGUUUGUCCAAUGCCAAGGAGAAGUCGGCAAGCAAAGCUCUGAUGGGGCUGAAACACCUGAAGGCAGACGACAUCGGUGUGUUAAGGUACACCCGAUCGUCGGAGUUUGGCACGCAGGUGAAAUGCAGCAAUCACGCCCAUGAUGUCUCUUCUCGGAAACAGGUGAAUAUGUGGCACCGAGAUCAGCGGAUUGCCGUGGACAAACUGGCUCGCGGGCAGCAGAAGAUGUUCCGCAAUCUGAUCCGCGUCCAGAAUGAGAAGAGACGCAUACAGAGACAGGCUCGCAUCAGGAAACAACGAGAGAUGCAGAUUGAACUGAGGGAGAGAGCAGUGCGAGAGAGGGAGGAGGCACAGAAAAGACUGAGAGAUAUGAUCAUGACGGAGGUACACAGCAAAGAGGUUCCAGAAGAUGAUGAGAAAACAUCACCUCGGCCGUUACCUGGGAUCAGAGAGGAAAUCGACACGGAGAUGGGAGAUGUAAGCAAAGGGGAUGCAAACAACUCGGCCUUGACUGACUGGUCCAUUAACUCAAUCAGAUCUUCUCUCUCUGGUGAUAACUCACCAGUUAAAACCACGAGACAGAGCUCAACCACGCCCAAGACGACAUCAAGCCGGUCGCCAUCUGCAACUCAAACUCGAGAAGUGUCACAGGUACUUGAGACAGUCAGCAAAGCCAACUUGUCUCUUUUCCAAUAUGACAAAGAAAAGUCUGUCAUUAAAGAAAGUGGUAUGGGACUCGUUUCCAGGCCUCAUUUCUCCAGAGAAGCCAAACAAUCAAUGGACUAUAAUUCAAACGUAGCUGGUGACACAGAUGUUAGACAUUCCGUCCUCGAUUUCGAAAAAGAUGACAAGGUGCUCGAAUUAAAUUCAAACAUAGUCCUACCCGGGAUUGUCACCAAAAUCCCCAAAGACCCUCCAAGCCAAACAUUUGAGGAUGGAGCGUCUUAUGAAAGCAAUGAUUCGGUUUUUGAGGGAGAUGUCCCAACAGCGGCAUCUAGAGCCAAAGAUCAGACAACAACUGAGAAAACAAAACGCAAACCAAGCGAACGGGCUGGACCGAAGAGCAAGUAUCACAUCGGUAUCGCUAACCGGACCUUCCGCCUGCCUGAGUAUCAAGCCCCGGUCGUGACGAGCGUGGUGCGGUAUCAGCGCAACAGCGCGGGGAGUUUGGUACCGAGUGAAGUGGCAGUCAAGCCGGCAUCGGAGGAGUACAAGUUACCGUCCCGGCGGGCUGAGUACAUGGUGGAGAAAGCUUUGGAAUGGGAGAGGAGGAGAGAAGAUGUCCGAGAGAAGAAGCUACAGGGAUUCUUGGAGAGGAUGAAGGAAUUAGAGCGAAGAGAGAAGAUGGAAUCCCGGCUUGCUACGAGUCUAGACUACGCAAGACACGAUGCAUUUCACCAUCAUCAUCAAGCCCACCAUACCGUGGAUCGGGCCACAAGCCCCCCGCAUCCGCCGACGUACCGCACGCUCCACCGAUCAGCAGGCGAGGCACUGGAGAAGUAUCACCUUAAAGGAGAUGUGCAGGACGUGAAGAAUUGCCGGUAUCUACGGCUGAACGACAAGGGGGAGGCAUCGAGAGAAGACAGGGGAAAGAUGGGUGGGGAGAGGGGUAGAAGGGGUCGGCGAAUGUCCAGCUGGGGGAUGGUGGGUGCGCCUCACGGGGAUGGCUUGUCAACGAGCAAACUGCCACCCAAGCGUGGAGGACAACAUAAGGGUCUUGGAUUUUGAAUACGACAGUAUUAUACUACUACAUUUGUAUCUAGUAUUUUUUGGCAUGGGUGUGACUCCACGGACUGAAACGGGGAUCAAUAUGGAGUGGCGUUUUUUAAGAAAAGAAUGAAAUCUAACAAGUUAUAAGGCUUAAACCAUUAUGUGUCCAAAAAAAUAAUCGUUUUAGUUCUUAACUUCAUAGGCAGUGUGUGUGUGUGUGUG